GAGAACGGGAGCGCGGGUGGCAGCCGGGGGGGGCUCAUGAGCGCUGGCGGCGGGUGAGCCCCGGGGAGCCCAUGGGCGGCCGGGCGAGCCUGGCGAGCCGCGGCACCGAGACCCGGUCCCGGCCCCGGCCCCGCCGCCGCUCGGCGCAAGGAGGAGCCGAGACCAUGAUUCAGGCUGACAACAGCUCGUCUGGAGAGUUGGCUGGUGGACAAACCGAGCCUCAAGAAACAGCUUCAAGGUCUCACACCUUCAAAGCCAAGUCUUUUAAGAAAUCCAAAAUCUGUGGAAUCUGCAAACAAGUAAUUGAUAGCCAGGGCAUUUCCUGCAGAGUUUGCAAGUAUGCCUGCCACAGGAAAUGUGAAGAAAAGGUGGUGACACCCUGCUUUUUUCCAAGUAACUACGAACUGACUAAUAACUCUGAGGCUGUUAAAAAUCAUGUAACCAGAACUAAUUCCAGCAGCGCUUCGAAGAGCUCCUCUUUCAGUUGUGACAAAGGAUCACGAAGUGCAGACUUUGAUCACAUUAUGGAGGAGGGCUAUGAACUUGACCUCACUUACAUCACAGAACGGAUCAUCUCUGUCUCCUUCCCUGCUAGCUGUUCUGAGGAAACUUACCUCCACAAUCUGCAAGAUGUAACCCGGAUGCUCAAAUCCAAACACGGUGAUAACUACUUGGUGUUAAACCUCUCUGAAAAGAGAUAUGACCUUGCCAAGCUUAACCCAAAGAUUAUGGAUGUGGGAUGGCCUGAUCUCCAUGCUCCACCUCUCGACAAGGUGUGCACCAUCUGCAAGGCCAUGGAGUCAUGGCUGAACAAUGAUCCUCAGCAUGUGGUCGUGAUCCAUUGCAGAGGAGGGAAAGGAAGGAUAGGCGUAGUCAUAUCGUCAUAUAUGCACUUCACCAAUGUUUCUGCAAGUGCUGAUCAGGCUCUAGACAGAUUUGCUAUGAAGAAGUUCUUUGAUGAUAAAGUUUCAGCUUUAAUGCAGCCAUCCCAAAGAAGAUAUGUGCAAUUCUUAAGCGGCCUUCUGUCUGGAUCUGUGAAAAUGAAUGCAACUCCUCUUUUCCUGCACUAUGUUAUCCUUCAUGGCAUCCCAAGCUUCGAUGCUGGGGGAGCUUGCCGGCCUUUUCUGAAGUUAUACCAGGCUAUGCAACCAGUUUAUACAUCUGGAAUCUAUAGUGUAGGGCCAGAGAAUCAAAGCCGAAUCUGCAUUGCUGUAGACCCUGCCCAGCUUUUAAAGGGAGAUAUUAUGCUGAAGUGUUAUCACAAAAAAUACCGGUCAGCUACUCGUGAUGUGGUAUUUCGCCUUCAGUUUCACACUGGAGCUAUUCAAGGACAUGCGCUGGUGUUUGGCAAAGAGGAUCUGGACAAUGCCAACAAAGAUGACCGUUUCCCUGAUUAUGGCAAAGUGGAAUUAGUGUUUUCAGGAACUCCAGAGAAACUUCAAGGAUUUAAACACCUUCAGAAUGACCAUGGAGUCAUAGUUGAUUACAAUACCUCAGACCCACUGAUACGCUGGGAUUCCUAUGAAAAUAUGAGCCCUGAUGGGGAAGUGCUGCAUACCCAAGGUCCCAUUGAUGGCAGUCUGUAUGCCAAAGUGAGAAAGAAGAGCUCUUCUGACAGCAGCAUCCGUGGUGUUGCUCAGGGUGUUCCCGUGACUGGCAGUCCUGAUCACAGUGAUCAUACGCUGUCUGUCAGCAGUGAUUCAGGACACUCAACAGCUUCCACCAGGACAGACAAGACUGAAGAGCGCCUUGUGCCUGGAGUCAAACGGGGUCUGAGCCCACAGGAGAAGGCAGAACUGGACCAGCUACUCAGUGGCUUUGGUCUGGAGGAUUCUGUCAACACCACCAAGGAUAUGACUGAUGUUCGAAGCAAGUACAGUGGGACUCACCACAUAGUGCCAGCUCAAGUUCAUAUGAAUGGAGACACCAAACUGAAGGACAGGGAGACUGAUAUUCUGGAUGAUGAAAUGCCUAAUCAUGACCUUCACAGUGUGGACAGCAUUGGGACUUUGUCUUCCUCAGAAGGGCAGCACUCCACCCACUUAGGGAACUUCAGUUGCCACAAGAGCAGUCAGAACUCACUUCUUUCAGAUGGCUUUGGAAGUAACGCUGGGGAAGAGCACCACAAUGUUUUUGCUCCAGACCUGGGAAUUGGUGUGGAUCCCCUCUAUGAGAGGACAUUUGGAAGCACCGAGCCAAAGUCAACUCAGCAGUUACAACGGAAUCCUUCUGUUUCACCCCAGCCUCAAGCCUAUGGCCCAAGUAACUAUUCUACUCAGACCUGGGUGCGCCAGCAGCAGAUGGUCACUGCUCACCAAUAUGGUUUUGCCCCAGAGAAUGAAAUCAGUGUUGGCAUUCAUAACACGGUGGAGAACGCAGGCAGUGUCCAGAGCCAGUCCCGAGCCCCGGACACCCCAACACGUAAUUCCAGCAGCAGAGCUGCUGUACAGAGGGGGCUAGGAAGCAUGCCAGGGGCUGCUGAAGCUGCAGAACAUGCCAGUGCUGAGAGCUUCAAGUCAAUGCCAGUGCCUCAAAGGGACACAAAUAGCCUGGAUCUAGGACAGAAUGCAAGGGACUUGCCAGCUUCUCCAACUUUGGAUAUUGAUCAGUCCAUUGAACAACUGAACAGGCUGAUCUUGGAGUUAGACCCUACGUUUGAACCUAUCCCGACCCGCAUUAACACUGUCACAAGGGACAGGAAUCAAGUAAAUGGCUUCACCAGCCUUGAUGUAGACGUGGAAGGGCUUGGCAGGAGUCCUGGCUUCCAUGACAAAUUAGAUGUCACAAACAGGAAUCCCUCCCAGCAUGCACCAGGGACACCAGAUGACAAUGCAACAGGGAGAAGGAUGAGAAAGUUAAGUGUUGGGCAGUAUGACAACGAUGUCCCUGGGCAGCCGUCGUAUACCAGGUGUGGAUGGAUGAAGUCUCCUGCUGCAGACCAGGCUGUAAACCCAGGAUCACCGAUUCCUUUAGGGGAGACUAAUGAGAUGGCUGUUGCUUGUUACCAAGAUGAAAUAGAUGGGGGAAUCUUCUCCCCAACAAAAAAUGGAAAUGAACUUGUCCCAUCCACACCAGCUUUUCCCCUGUCACCAGAGACACCGUAUGUAAAAACACCUCCACUGUACCACCAGCAUAUUCCCGCCAGCCAUAAGGUCAGCAGCCCAUCUGAGGUGUACAGAACUGGUACCAACCCUGAAUCUCGAAGUUACACAGAAGCCAUUAACCACUCUGUGGUGAUGUCUGACAGCACUGUGGGCACUAACCCGGCCUUGCUGAGGGCCAACAUGCAGCCGGAUCCCUCCUUUCAGCACUGUUUUGCAUCUUCGUGUACUGUUUCAAGUAACAGUCCUAUCACAGGGGCAGAAAGCUCUUCUGCAACAGAACGUCCUUGGCUUGAAAGCAGCCCUAAAGCUUCCCCGUCACUCCAGCUGUCAAUGGGAAACAGCAGGCCACCAGGAGGUUACCGUGUGCCCUCGGAAUUUUCCAACGCCGUGCAAGAUGUCUCCCUCUUGUCUCAUUUCCAAAGUCCAGGACUGCAAGUUGUCACCCUGAGCAGCCUGGAGAAUUCACCAGCAGAGCCACAGGAAGAACCUGCAGUCAGCAGCAGUGCCCGGGCCUACCUGAGCUACAGUGGGGGCAGCAGGGGCAGUAGCUCUCCACAAGAGGAGAAACAAGCUGCUUUCAUAGCCAAUACUAGCAUGUCUCCUAAAACUGUGAGCUCAUCAGUGGCAAGUGCUGAGGACAAUGGUGUUUUGACACAAAACUUUGUAACAGUGGCCUCUGGACUCAAUAGCCAGAACAGUGCAGUCCAGCAGCACCAUGCAGGGAAUCUUCAUGCUCAACCACCUCUUCCAGAGAAAAAAAGGUCCUCCGAAGGAGACCGUUCCUUUGCCUCUGUGUCCCCUUCUUCAAGUGGCUUCUCGAGCCCCCACAGUGGGAGCACAAUCAGCAUCCCCUUCCCAAAUGUCCUCCCAGAUUUCUCAAAAAUGUUAAACACUUCCCCAGUGCCAGAAAACACAACUGAUAAACACGUGACUGUAAAAUUUGUCCAGGACACAUCCAAAUUCUGGUAUAAGCCAGAUAUUUCAAGAGAACAAGCCAUUGCUGUUCUCAAGGACAAAGAACCUGGCUCAUUCAUUGUUCGAGACAGUCAUUCCUUCCGGGGAGCCUAUGGACUAGCAAUGAAAGUUGCUACACCACCUCCUUCUGUGCUGCAGUUAAACAAGAAAGUUGGAGAUUUGUCAAAUGAACUUGUAAGGCAUUUUCUGAUUGAAUGCACUCACAAGGGGGUGCGCUUGAAAGGAUGCCCAAACGAACCAUAUUUUGGGAGUUUGACAGCUCUGGUGUAUCAGCAUUCCAUCACCCCACUGGCAUUGCCCUGCAAGCUCCUCAUCCCAGACAGAGAUCCCUUGGAGGAGACAGCCGAAACUUCUCCACAGACUGCUGCAAACUCGGCAGCGGAGCUUCUUAAACAGGGUGCAGCAUGUAAUGUCUGGUACCUGAACUCAGUGGAGAUGGAGUCCCUCACAGGCUACCAGGCAGUACAGAAAGCCUUGAGCCUGACACUGAUGCAAGACCCUUCUCCUGUCUCAACCGUUGUCCAUUUCAAAGUGUCUGCACAGGGAAUCACGUUGACAGAUAAUCAAAGAAAACUCUUUUUUCGGCGACAUUAUCCAGUCAACACUGUUAUUUUCUGUGCUUUGGAUCCACAGGACAGAAAAUGGAUGAAAGAUGGCCUUUCUGCAAAAGUAUUUGGGUUCGUUGCCCGGAAGCAAGGCAGUGCCACGGACAACAUAUGCCACCUAUUUGCAGAGCAUGAUCCAGAGCAACCUGCCAGCGCCAUUGUGAACUUUGUAUCAAAGGUCAUGAUCGGAUCCCAGAAGAAGAUCUGAUGCCUUCACAUCCUUGACUCAGAGCUCUUCACUGAUUCCACUGAAGGAAAGCACUGUGAGAGAGGGAGAAAGCAUAUUCAGCAGCAACGCCUGACCCUUGUCAUUCCUAAGAAGGAAAGCAUAGGACAGUCUAGCUGCAUUCUGUCGCAAGAGCCUUGUGUUUGCCUUUUCUUUGAAGACGCCUCUAAAUUAACAAAAGCAUUAUUUCUUUGUUUUUAUAUCAAAGGACAAAACAAAAGAAAGUGGGUGCCACCCAAACCUGUGAGGCCCAAACCUGAAUGAAGCAUAAAUGAAAACUUUUCUCCUGAAGGGUUUCUGAUACAUUUUCACAUGCUGUUUCUCAUCAUCUGUUGGAGCAGAAAUACUCACUAGGCUGUGCUACUUCUUUUGUGCAGAAAAUGUUUUGUAUAACCUCCAAAGACACUUGCCAUAGUUGCAUCAAUGGUAGCUGUAGGCCUUGCAAACAUGCUCUUAAGGGAAUGAUGGUCUGAGGGAAGACUAUUUGCUCUUCCCUUCAUCCUUAUGUGAUCAGUGAUGGGAACUGAAUGGAGAAAGGGGAAGAUGUACGUGAAGAGAAGGUUUGUGCAAGUUGAUUUCUGAUCAGGAGCAGAAAUGUGGAGCAUUCAGGGAGGUUGCUCUGUGUUAAGAGGGCUGGGCUGGUUUAGUUGGAAAAAUUCUAAAUAGGGGAGAGGUGGCAGAAAAAAGUUGUGUGGAAAUCUGUAAUUGGGGUUUUGUAUUAUUUUUUUAUACAGAGAACUAAGCAGGGAAGAUUCUGUAUUAUAAUAAUUACAGGAUAAAAAUGAGGGAAAAGAAGAAAACUUUAUAAUUUAUACUUUUUUUAACCUUUGCCAGAUUAUUUAUAGUAGAUCUCAGAUCUUGGUAUGUCAUAGAGAUACUCUUUAACUAGGCCAUUGUUGGGCUUUGCCUCUUCAGCUCUAUUUUGCAUAAGUAGAAGUGUUUAUAGCCUGUGCCUUGCUAAAUAGAGUCGCAUAGUUUGACUUUUGUCUUACAGUGAUAAGCUACUUCCCAUUUCCUGUCUCUGCAGUACUGUUUUGGUAGUAAUAUUUGUUCCCCUACCUAAUAUUUGUGGAUUCUUCCAGCCCCAUUUUUAUUGGAGUUUUAUGGAUUUUUUUGGCCUUUUUUUCCCCCCUUUGAUCUUUAGGAACUGUUUUUGGUUUAUAAUACCGUUUUUUUAAGAAUUCCUUGAGUUUGGAAAUCCAAAAGGGAAUGGAAUAUAUUUUGUUACUCUGUCCCACUUCUUGAGAACAUUUAUGUAAUGAUUUCUACAACUGUCACACUUGCACAGAUCUCUGUAUGUGUACAUUGGUAUUUUAAAUGCAUAACAGAGUGCUGGUUACCUUUACAGAAAGCUGAUAAGCUAGAUUACAGUGGAAAACUUCACAAGGAGAGCAAGCCACUGAAGUCUACUCUGGAACUCCCAUUCACUUCAAAAAGAGCAGUACUAGACCCCUGUAUCACAACUGAUGGUAAUAAAACAGCUUCACUUGUGACAGUGCUGAAAAGCUUCACUGCCUCUAUUUGAUGUGUGGCUGUCAACAUUAUAGCAACAAACUAAGAAAUAAAAUGACAUGCUGAAUUUGGUAUGCCAGUGCAUGAGGUGCUGGAUCAACUAGUAACUGUACCCACUGGAGGAUUUAAUCAUUUUAUUCAUUUUUACUAAAUAAUAUUUAAAUGGAAUGGGGAACUUUGGUUGGGCUGUAUGGUAAGAAGUUUCCACCAAUUUGGUCUGUCCUGUAUAAAGUAUGAUCUGUCUUAUAUUAACAGCUCUCUCCCUAUUUCCUAAAGUAUUAGGAUCAUGGAAACAUUACUCAGUGAUCAUAGCCAGAGUUACUGAUGUAACUAUGAAUUUUGUAUAAAUAACUUGAUACUUUUUAAAAGGAAGAGGGUGAGGAACAGAGGGAGAGAGAAAAAAUAUUUGAAGUUUAAUGUAUCUGGACUGGGUAGUGGAGAAUCAGUAGCAGUGGGCAUUGGAUAUCUGUAAAAGGGUGAAGCAAUCCAAAGCAUAGUAGCUACCGUUGAAGCAACAAAGGCAAGUGCCUCUGAUUUGUACCAAAUACUUCUGUUCUUCUCACACAGAGGUAUACUACUUAAACAGUGUUCAUGUACCAUCCAAAAGGGAAUGCAGCUCUUGAGGAGUUUUGAUCCUUUUGAAACAUGUGAGGACAAGUUUCCUUUUAAUAUUCAGCCAGUUGAAGCCCAGUGAAUUUCUCCAGCUGACAUCUUAAUUACGUUUAAGUCUGAAUUAGGUUUAAAUCCGAUGUGUUGUUAGCACUGAAAUGAGAAGGAAUUUUUACUACAUUUUUUUGAUUCUGUAGAUGACACUUAAAUUCCAGUGUGUCUUGCUAGACACCAUGUGUUGGCCUUUGGGCUGAAAAUAAAGUGUCCUUUUUUUCCCCCAAUUUUACCAUUUCCAUUCAGGGCCUUAUUUUUUAGUCCCUGUUCUUUCUCAGGCUGCUGGCUUCAAGAGCAUAAGGAAUUGAACGCUGACAUUCCUGGUGGUGUUUCCUGGGAGUUUAGCUCUACUUGGUAAGUGGGGAGUAAAGAAGUUGCCCUGUUUCUAAGGGAGGUGUUUUAUUAUGCGUUCCUUUGGAUGUUAUAUUGCCACCUGCUUUUGCUUUUAAUGAAUUAAAAAAUGCACAAAGCAAAAUAAUUCUGUAUGUACCAUUAUGUAGUGUAUGUAGAAAGAUAUUCACGAAACACUUGCUCAUGGCAAAUACAAGACUAAAUAGUUAAUACAGCACUUUCUUUCAAGGUUUUUGGUAGAUGUGUAUAUGCAGUUUCAUAACUAAUGGCAGCAAGUGACAUACGUAUUUAGACAGACUCCUAUUAACCUUCUUAGUAAAUGUACUACUAUAAUCGUACAGUGUUAAACUACAAAAAUGCUGAAAGCCAUGUUUUUAAUUGAAUGACUUCCAUGUAUCCAACAGUAUCAUUAAAAAAAAUAAUCUCAUGUUUCCUUCUUGGUUUUACCUACUAGUGCAAAUUUUUGCCUUUUUCUUGAAACUGUAAAGAAGCACCAGAAGGUCUCCAGUAUGUAAAUUAAUGUUCUAUAAAUUCUUUGUAUAGUCAUUUUCUCUGCUCUUCAGAUACCGCUUCUGUUCAGAUUAUAAUAAAAUGAUGAAUGUGAAAUUUCACAACACAA